UAAAAUACAUAUCACAAUUAUCACAACUAUGCCUACGUUCACCCUUCUUAACGCAAAAGUGGGAGGGAAGGUAUAAAGCCCGGUGGAGGAACAUAGUAUGCACCAUAGACAACCGGUCUUCGGCGAACGGAGACUCGACAACAUGAAGUUAUCGGUUGUUUUAAUAGCCUCAUUGGCCGUAGUGGCCUACGCCAGUGAGGACAAGAAAGAAGCAGUAGCUGAAGAGAAGAAACAGGAGAAACGAGGAAUUUACGACACUGGCUCAUAUGGCGGCAGCAGUAGCUACGAAUCAGGGGACGGUGGAUACGGUGGCUACAGCGGGGGUGAUGGUGGACAGAGCUACAGUGGUGACUUCGGUGGUCACGAAGGCGGUGGUUACAGCCUAGGCGGUGGUGGAGGCGGCUAUGGCGGAUCUGGAUACGGAGGUGGUUCCGGAGAUGCUUGGAAACCAAUCUCGAGUGACCACGGCCAUCAUCAAGUCAAAACGAUCGAAAUAAUCAAGAAGGUUCCGGUGCCUUACACCGUCGAAAAACACGUUCCAUACACAGUUGAAAAGAAAGUGCCUUAUGAAGUCAAAGUGCAUGUGCCCCAACCCUACACUGUUGAAAAGAAAGUCCCAGUCACAGUUAAGGAAUACGUCAAGUACCCCGUCCAUGUUCCCGAACCAUACGUAGUCGAGAAGAAAGUACCUUAUGAAGUGAAAGUCCCAGUCGACAGGCCCUUCGAAGUCAAGGUUAAGGUGCCUACUCCUUACACAGUCGAAAAGAAAGUCCCUUAUGAAGUCAAGGUGCCCGUACCGCAACCCUACACUGUUGAGAAGAAGGUUCCUUACCCAGUCAAAUACGAAGUGAAAGUACCCCAACCUUACGAAGUAGUCAAGAAGGUGCCUUAUGAAGUCAAAGUCCCAGUCGACAAGCCUUACCAUGUUUACGUGCCAAAGCCUUACCCCGUGCCAGUAGAGAAGCCUUACCCAGUAACCGUACACAAACCUGUGCCUUACGAAGUCAAGGUCCCAGUCGACAAGCCUUACAAGGUAGAAGUUGAAAAGCCUUACCCAGUCCCAAUCAAAGUGCCCAUCCCUAAGCCCUACGAUGUGUACAAGAAGAUCCCUUACACUGUCGAGAGGAAAGUACCUUAUGAAGUCAAAGUACCCAUUGACAAGCCUUACCCCGUCUACAAAGAAGUCCAAGUACCUUUAGUAAAGGAGGUGCCUUACCCAGUUAAGGUUCACGUUCCUAUUUACUUCAAGAAGGAAGUGGAACAACACCACGGCCACGGUUGGCAAUGAUUUCCGCAUACCUAAUUUAGGUUUCUCACCAGUACCUUAUAGGCUAAGUUCGAAAUGUGAUCAUUUAGUAUUCGUAGUAAAAUAAAUAAUGUUAUAAAAAUUGGAAUUGUGUUGCUACAGGCUUCGGUCUCUAGCAUUGAAAAUGUUUGUGAUGUUGUUGAAAUUAUUUCUCCCAAUUAUUCAAAAGUUCAUGUUGUUGUCGCAUAGCAUUGUUGUACAAUGCGCGAUGUAUUGAGUGUACGAUAUCUAUGGAUCGAUCUGUUAUUACUUGUUUAUCUCUAUGUAUAAUAUUAUGCUUUGUUUUACGUAAUUGUGAAAGGUCUGCUUUUGCAAAUACCUUAUGUUGAGGCUGAUAAUAAUAAAAAGUGUUACAAAAUUAAA